UGCCUGACAACACUGGUAUUUUGCUCUUGAAGUGGACAACUUGCUGAGCUACCUUUUAGCAUUUGCAAGAGGAUACCAGCUCUUCACCAGUACAACUGAUAACAGAUUGUACCUUGGAAUAGUUAAUUUUACUUAUAAUUGUCUCAAUUCUCUGCAUCUCUGAAGAAGCAGCUUAUUACAGAAGAAAAAAAUCAUCCUGUCCCCUUAGUUCACAUAGUACUUGAUAAUACAGAGAGUUUCAUCUUCCAGGUUACACAACAAAUUCAAGACGAGAAGACAAAAAGGCAGCGAGCUAAUAAUUCUUCAGAAGAAUUAAGUGACUGUCUUUGAGUGGCCAAAACUUGGGAAAAGAUUAGCUUUGAACAAACUACAGAGGCAGUAGGUUUGAUUUGGCAAGUUGCUUGGAAAAGGAGUGGAGAAGUGUCCUGUAACCACUGAACAAUAGACAAUGGUCGUCUGUGGAGCUCUAUGGUGAAGACCUCAGAAGAAAUAUCAGUUUUUCCAGUCAGCUUUUCAUAAUGUAAAUAUAGUUUGAGCUUCCCCCAAUGGGCAGCUAAGCCAUGAACAAGCAGAAAAACCCUUUUUGGACUGUAUUUCUGAACCAGGCUUCACCUUCCAUCUCGAGAACUUUUUAAAGGAUUACAGCUGAAAAAGACAAGAGAAAGAAAACCUUGAACAGGAACCCUAUCCUACAAUGAGAAUUACAAGUACAUCUUGUAUCUGCCCAGUCCUAGUUUGUCUCUGUUUUGUGCAGAGGUGUUAUGGAGCUGCUCAUCAUGGCUCCAUCAAGGUGACUAGAAAUCAAACCAGGCAUACAGAAGGUGAAACAGAAGUACAUCAUCGUCCCAAGCGUGGAUGGGUGUGGAAUCAGUUCUUUGUUUUAGAAGAACACAUGGGACCAGAUCCUCAGUAUGUAGGAAAGCUGCACUCCAAUUCCGACAAAGGUGAUGGAUCAGUCAAAUACAUUCUAACUGGAGAAGGAGCAGGAACUAUAUUUAUUAUUGAUGACACAACAGGAGACAUCCAUUCAACCAAAAGCCUUGAUCGAGAACAGAAGACACAUUAUGUGCUUCAUGCCCAAGCUAUUGAUAGAAGGACAAACAAGCCACUUGAGCCUGAAUCUGAGUUUAUUAUCAAAGUACAGGAUAUCAAUGACAAUGCACCAAAAUUUACAGAUGGACCAUACAUUGUUACUGUGCCAGAGAUGUCUGAAAUGGGUACAUCUGUUCUACAGGUGACAGCAACAGAUGCAGAUGACCCUACGUAUGGAAACAGCGCCAGAGUAGUAUACAGUAUUCUUCAGGGACAGCCAUAUUUCUCUGUUGACCCUAAAACAGGAGUCAUCAGGACUGCCUUGCAUAACAUGGACAGGGAAGCCAGAGAGCAUUAUUCUGUUGUCAUUCAAGCCAAAGAUAUGGCUGGGCAGGUUGGAGGGCUGUCAGGGUCAACAACAGUAAAUAUCACGCUCACUGAUGUCAACGACAAUCCACCCAGGUUUCCUCAGAAACAUUAUCAGCUCUAUGUUCCUGAAUCAGCUCAGGUUGGAUCAGCAGUUGGCAAAAUCAAGGCAAAUGAUGCAGACACUGGCUCAAAUGCUGACAUGAAGUACACAAUUAUAAAUGGUGAUGGUGCUGGGGUGUUUUCCAUAUCCACUGACAAAGAAACACGGGAAGGAAUUCUUUCCCUGAAGAAGCCGCUCAACUAUGAAAAGAAGAAAUCCUAUACGCUUAAUAUAGAAGGAGCAAAUACUCAUCUUGACUUCCGCUUUUCGCACCUGGGACCAUUCAAGGAUGUAACAAUGCUGAAGAUCAUAGUUGGCGAUGUGGAUGAACCUCCUCUCUUCACUAUGCCUUCCUAUCUCAUGGAAGUUUAUGAAAAUGCAAAGAUCGGGACACCUGUUGGCACUGUGACGGCACAAGAUCCUGACACUGCCAACAGUUUAGUGAGAUAUUUCAUUGAUCAUAACACAGAAGAAGAUAGAUAUUUCACCAUUGAUGCUAAUACUGGAACCAUUAAAACUGCCAAGAUCUUUGACAGAGAGGAAACACCUUGGUACAACAUCACAGUGGCUGCGUCUGAGAUAGACAAUCCUGGGCUAGUGAGCCAUGUUCCAGUUGGCAUUAGAAUCCUGGAUGUCAAUGACAAUCCUCCAGAGCUCGCCAGAGAGUAUGACGUAGUGGUCUGUGAGAAUGCAAAGCCUGGUCAGGUAAUUCAGACCAUCACUGCAACUGACAAAGAUAACUCUGCAAAUGGGGCCAGAUUCCAUUUUUCUCUUGAUGAAGGGCUUUCUUUGAAUCCCAACUUUACUCUAAAGGAUAAUGAAGAUAACACAGCCAGUAUCCUGACAAGACGAAGGAGAUACAGUCGAACCACUCAAGAUAUCUAUUACCUCCCAAUUUUGAUUUCUGAUGGUGGAGUGCCCCCUCUCAGCAGCAGCAGUACUCUCACUGUUAGAGUUUGUGCAUGUGAGAGAGAUGGACGUGUGAGAACUUGCCAUGCUGAAGCUUUCCUCUCCUCAGCUGGCUUGAGCACAGGAGCUUUAAUUGCAAUCCUGCUCUGUGUUGUCAUUCUUCUUGUUUUCUCUUUAGCAAUUGUGGUCCUUUUCAUCACCCUAAGACGUAGCAAGAAGGAGCCUUUGAUCAUUUCAGAAGAAGAUGUCAGAGAAAAUGUUGUGACAUAUGACGAUGAGGGCGGUGGAGAAGAAGACACAGAAGCAUUUGAUAUCACCGCACUACGUAAUCCAUCAGCUGCAGAAGAGCUGAAGUAUCGGAGAGAUGUCCGCCCUGAAGUUAAGCCUGCACCCAGGCAUCAUCCUUCUUCAAGCCUUGACAGUAUAAAUGUUCAGGAGUUCAUUAAACAAAGACUUGCAGAGGCUGAUCUGGACCCCAGUGUGCCCCCAUAUGACUCCUUACAGACAUAUGCCUAUGAGGGCCAUAGAUCGGAAGCUGGAUCUAUCAGCUCUCUGGAUUCAGUCACGACACAGUCUGACCAGGAUUAUAAUUACCUUGGAGACUGGGGGCCUGAGUUCAAGAAGCUAGCUGAACUCUAUGGGGAAAUAGAAUCAGAAAGAACAACUUAGCUGUAAUUCCCAGAACAGAGAAAUUCCUAAACAGCUGGAGAUAGAACGACAACAGUGAUGACAGCAAAUGAAUACAGUGCUUGGAACCGAGCAAGUUGUACACAGUUACUGUAGAACAAGUGCCCUUUUCAUGUUUGAAACUGGGUUCUCCAAUUGGAAGAAAGUAAAAUUUUGAAAAAUACAGAGAAAAGAAGCAAUUGUCCCUUGUGUAUAUUUUUAAUUGCUCAAUAAAGUCUAUGGUACUGCAUCUGUAACAGUACCUAAAGUAAAGCCGGGCAAUGACACUUUUAUUGCAAUAUGCUUAACAUCUCUGAACUACAGUAUGUUUCUGAUCAUUCCUGUUUAGGAAGAUAACUAAUGGAAGAGCAAAUCAUUUGCAGAUGGUUUUGAGGUUGCCUUGCUAGCUGUGCUCUAGGCCUUGUGAUCCCAAUGUAAGGUAGCUAAUGGGGUUUACUAUCAGUGUGAGAAGUCCUAGGAGUCAUUUUCCUUUAACAGCAGUGAUAAUCCACACCUGUCUUCUAAAAUAAAUGGUCCUUUGAUGGUUUAAUCUGUUUGAAUUGGCAGGUUGCAAUGUGAAAAUGUCAUUUCAUUAUGUCCCUCAUAAUCUUUUUAUCCCUAACCAGCUAGCAGAGGGAGAGCAUCUUUAGCUGUCAGUGCAAACACAAUGCUAGACCAUAACCCCAGACUUGCUCUGGAAGAAGCGUUGUCUUCAAUGUGUGUGCUUUUUGUCUUUUCAUGGGAACAUCAUUCAUGUAAAUGAAUCUGAAGUACUCUUCAUGCAGCAGAGCAGAUGAAGUGUGGGUUCUUUCAGUAAAAACAAGAAUGGCAGCACAAUUAAAAGUAUGCAGUUGUUCGGUUCACUGUGCUUCACUUAUGGCAAUAGACAGAACUUUUGAAGUCUUUUGCUGGUCUUAAUCCAAGAGCUACAAAAGUCACUUUAUGACAGUGUUCUUAACCAUAAUGUGUCUGUUUGUGUGUGUGGCUAAAAGCAAAAUAUUGCUGCUGGUGAGACACAAGAUUUAAACAAGGUGAUCAAAAUGAUGAUGCUUGUUUUCUUGUUUUUCUUGUUCAAUAUAUAGAUAUUUAAUUUGUUUUAGAGUAAUUUCUAUCUAAGCAGAACAAACCUUUUUUCUCCUUAUUUCAAACAUCAUGGGAAGAUAAACAUCUUAAGCCAGUGGAGGGUGAAAGAAAGAAAAUGUGUCAUUUUGGAUUUCUUAUGGAUGAAAUAAAUCAAUCUCUUUUUUUUUUUUUUUUUUUUUUUUUUUUUGCAUUGCAUUGCAUUGCAUUGCAUUGCAUUGCAGAACUUGAUCUUUAGGCUGCUUAAUAUCUGUAAGAUUUGUGUUUCCCCUUGGUUUCUUUGAAAGUUUAACCUUUUGUUUCUCUGUCUUCUGAUAAUACUAUGAGAGAACAAGGAGAACACAGUAUCCCACUGUGUGGGAAGUGUUGAGUCAUGGCCUGAACCACUGAUUGAUCACCUGAGGAAAGGGCUGAAUCAGCCAUGGGAGCACAGGUGAAGGCAUUUCAGCUGUGUGACUGGCAGUAAACCCAUUUAAGGGCUGACUGCCACUAGGAAAGGGUUUCCAGAAAGAGAUUCUUCCUCUGGGGAUUCUUUUCUGUGAACUUAGAUCUUUGGAUAUGGGUGAGCAUUCUUUCCCUGUUUGUUUCUUUUCCUGUUUUCACCAUGAUAAUCUUUCUAGCUGUAACAUUAACACCCAUGAAGGAUUAUGACUGAAUAGGUUUGCUAUCUACUGAAGUCUAGUGCUUUUAAAAUGAUUGGAGCUCUACUUAGAGAUGUGGGCUUUUAUGGUAUGCAUUUUAUAGAGAAACUGUUCAGGGCAGAAGCUGUGUAUUGUUUUGUCUACUUUGGGCUGGUAUGGAGAGAUUCAGACUGGUAGGGAAAGAAUUACAUACAAUCAUAGAAUCGUUUAACUUGAAAAAGACCUACAAGAUCAGCAGGUUAAGCAUUGUCACCUAACAAAGCACGUUCACCACUAAACUCUGUCCCUAAGUAUCACACCCACAUGUCUCAGAGAUACCUCUGGGAAUGGUGACUCUACCAUCUCCUUGGGCAGCCCCUAGCAAUGUCUAGCUAUCCUUUCCAUGAAUAAAUUCUUCCUAGCAUCCAAUCUACACCUCCUCUGAUGCAACUUGGGACUGUUGACUCAUGUCCUUUCACUUUUCACCUGAGAAGAAAGACCAACACCCUCCUCGCUACAACGUCCUGUUAGGUAGUUGUGGAGAGCAAUGAGGUCUCCUCCAGGCUAAGCAGCUCCGGUUCCCUUCAGCCACUUUUCAUAACUCUGUUUUCUAUGCCCUUCACCAUCUCUGUUGCUCUCUUCUGAAUGUAUUCCAAUUCUUGCUCAUCCAUGCUGAGUCUGUAUUCAAUGAACUCCUUACCGAUAAGCUGAUGAUUGCUUUUGGUUUUCACAGUCUUCUGGAGAAAUAAGUAGCUUUGAAAGAAACUUCUCAAACACUUUAAAAAAAUUAAAAAAUUAUUUGCAGUUAUUUCCAGGGUUUUUUAAACAUGUUUUCAUUUCAAUUUGGAAAUUGUAUUGUUUCAAUCAACAACCAACCAAAUUCAGAAACCAGUUUAGAGGGGAAAGCAUCCAACACCUAACAAGUUCUACUGAUGAUUUGAGAGUAGUUUUGUAAUCUAUAUUCAGACUUUGUUAUUUAAUUUCUACCAAAUACAGGAUCUUCUAGCAAUACAUUUACUGAAGCCAUCCUCAUUGCAGAGUACAGUUUAACAGCUGCUUUAAAGCAGUGACCUUUGUUCUUACCCUGAAACGGUUUAUGUAUCUUUUCUGAGAGUUAGGAUGUGUUUCAAUUUCAUCCCGAAUAAAACAACUAGAACUGCAAGUUUUUUAUGAGGAUAAAUUUUCUUUUGAUUUAGAUUACAUUUGCUUUUUCUGACUUCUCAGUUUUUAUACAGUAUGAGUAGAGUGCUAAGAAGAAAAACUUUGAACGCUGGUAGUAUCAUGAGUCACGGUAGUUUGUACUGCAUGUACAUGAGACAGCAGCAUUCAUUGUUAUACAGUGAUUUUGAGAACUAGUGUUAGUUAUCUUUAUGUCUGUUCCCACUUGUCCUACACCAAAGCAGGGAAAAUUGAAUGUGUAUUGUGCUUUAAAUAGUACUCCAGUCGUUGUUUUAUUUUUAUUUGCUUUAUAGAACACUCAGGCUUAAAGCCAACAGAAGUUAAGUGCGGCAACACAAACAAUCGCUCUUUAUGCUCAUGUUCUCAUUAAGUUAAUGAAAAGAGGAGGUCAUAUCUCACAGAAUUAAGAAGCCUCCUUUUCACUGUUCCUGGUGCUCUCUUGCUGCUAUACAACAUGCACAUUUUACCCAAAGCCCUGGGGAUUCUGAGUCAUUUAAAAUUCUGCAGGGCUAUUGAGGCUGUACUUCAGCAAUGCUGCAGUGUGUUCUGUUUGGUUUGUCCUAUCCAUGAUGGUCGCCAAAUGUGCUUUUCUGUCAUGAUGCGUCUGCAUGCUUGCUAUGCUUAAUGUUUUCUACUCAAAUGCACAUUGCUGUGCCGUGUUGUUUGCAUGACAAAUAGCAGAAUACUAAAUCUUCAGGGCCACAGAAGCAGGCCUCAUGAUGCAAAAAGAACACUUUUCAGAUUUAUUUCCUUUAUCCCACAGAAUUUUCCUUUGAUCUUUCAUGUCCUAUGAACAAAUUUAAAAGAUAUUUGAGAGUUUCUAUGUUCACAUUGAUUAAACUGAAAGAAAACUAAUACUGUGUUUCAUGGAAGGUACAGUCAUUUUGUAGUGUUGCUGAUUUAAAUUCGGUGUAAAUUCAGUGACAGUGUUGUGGGGAAAAUCUUACCAGGAUUAUGUUUAAGUCUGAUUGUAUGGGUUUUGCUUAAAGCUUUCAUAGAUGUAUUUGAGAACAUGAGUAUACAACACGUUCCCAUUACCCUAAAUAGUAAUCCUGUUGUCAGCGAACAAAUAAAUGCUGAUAACUGCCAGUUUUAUUUAAGCUAGAAGAUGCAUAGGAACAUUAAACGGCACAUAGAAAGGGGUGCCUAAGAGAUUUCAGAUGUAGAAUUUUAAUUCUGCAACAGCUAUUGAAAUAGUCAUGCACUUACACACAAUUAAUUUGUCACAUUACCUCAAAUAAAUUCUCUUUCUUGUAAUAGUGGGAGUGCAUAGUAUGCUGUAAAGGAUAUGUUAUCUGAGAAAAUGGUCUCUGUAAGUAGGAAAUGUAAAAAUAUAGUGUAAACUUUGAAAGAGUAAAAAAAUGUGAUUUAAUGCAUUUUGAAGAAAAGGAAGUGUAAUUCAGCUGGCUUCUGAUUAAGAUUCAGACACUGAAGACAUUUGUUUAUCAGUGUUGCCAUUUAUUGCAUAAACAGAAAACUGUAAAAGUCGAAAGUAAUUUCACUGUUAUGCACUUUAUUUUUUUUGCAUUUCUUUGUAGAAAAUCAAAAUACUUGUAAACAUUUUUUUUCAAGCUCUAAUUGAUGCUGUUGUUUCAAUUGCGAAUAAUGUGAGAAAAUGUCUACAUGAAUAUUCUCACUGGUGUUUAGAAGGAAUUGCAAAAUUUCUGUGCUCUAAGCCUUUGUAAAAUCAUCCUUUAGGAGAAAAAAUACAAAUCUUGGGCCGAUCUGGAGUUAACCAAACUCAUAGACUCACACAAAGGAAAUGUUCUAUAUGUGGAGGAGAAUAUGAAAUUAUGCUGCCUAAGGUAACUUUGUGGAUUAUAAAGUGCUAAGACCUUGUACUUGCAGUACAUAUAAAUGGCACAGUGCAUUCUAAGGAACAUUAGGAGCGUGUUGCAAGUAUUGGGCCAUCCUUAUUUUUCCAAAGUCUCCAAAAUAUAUAUUUUUUUUAACAAAAGAUUAAUGUAAAGUAUACCUCCUUAUGCAAGUGUUACUGAUAGAAAUUGUUACAUUUUUCCUUUAAUAAACAAAAGGGACAAAACCUUUUAUUCGUAUUUUUCAAAUAAAAUAUGCUCUUUGCUAUGGUGAUGGGUUAUUGUAUUCCACAUCACAACUAAAAUGGGUUAUUUUCUCUUCACUCCUGUAUCUUAUAAUCACCAAAGAAUUAGAACUACCGAAAGGCACUCUGUCUAUAAGAAUGAGCAGUGAUACAGCAGUAUUAAUGAGGUCAGGGCCAGAAACGGUGUGGUUACUGAAAUAGAUUUUAAUGCCUGGUAAAGUCACUCACUUGUGUCACUAU